AAGAUCAUGGACAAACAAAAUGAAUCUCUCAUUACUGAAUUCAUUCUUCAGGGAUUCACAGACAAUCCCAAAAUGCAGCUUGUUCUUUUUAUGGUCUUCCUCUCGGUUUAUGCCAUCACUGUGUUUGGGAAUCUCGGGAUGAUUCUGCUGAUUUGCACUCAACCCCAACUCCACAGACCCAUGUAUUACUUCCUGGGCAACCUCUCCUUCGUGGAUCUCUGCUGUUCCUCAACCAUUGCUCCUAAAAUGCUGUCUGACUUACUAAGUGCAACUGAAAGGAUUUCUUAUAGUGCCUGUGCUACCCAACUCUUUCUAUUUGGUAUGCUUGGGGAUGUAGCGUGCCUUUUAUUGGCUCUGAUGGCCUAUGACAGAUAUGUGGCCAUCUGCAAUCCACUUCUCUAUUCAGCUAUAAUGUCCAAAAAGGUCUGCCAACAAAUGAUUGCUGUUGCAUACGGUAUAGGCCUAAUGGAUACAAUAGCAUACACUUCCUCUAUAUUCCGAUUAUCAUUCUGUAGAUCAAAUCUUAUCAAACAUUUCUUCUGUGACAUACCUCCACUCCUAAUACUCUCCUGCUCUGAUACAUACAUCAGUGAAAUAGUGAUAUUUGCCUUUGCUAGCUUCAUUGAAGCAAGCAGCAUUGGUAUGAUUCUUGUAUCCUAUGUUUAUAUUUUGGCUACAAUCCUGGGAAUGUGCUCCACUGAGGGCAGGCACAAGGCAUUUUCCACCUGCUCUUCUCACCUGUCAGCUGUUGGGAUAUUCCACGGAACAAUAGUCUUCAUGUACUUUCGUCCCACCUCCAGCUAUUCCAUGGACCAAGACAAGUGGGCCUCAUUGUUCUACACAGUUGUGAUUCCCAUGCUCAACCCUCUCAUCUACAGUCUGAGAAAUAAGGAGGUGAAAGAUGCUGCAACAAAAUCAGUGGGCAACAUAUGGGUUUUUAAAGGGAAUAAUCCCAGACAAAUUUAA